AUGGCCAUGUUCAACCAAUCUACUGUGAAUGAAUUUAUUCUAUCUGGACUCUCACCUUACCCUAAUCUACAGAUACCUCUCUUUGUGGCUUGUUUAUUGGUAUAUAUUACAACAAUGCUUGGCAAUUUUACUAUAAUUUUACUUAUCACUGCAACACCAGAGCUGAAAACACCAAUGUAUUUUUUUCUUACAAAUCUGUCAUUUAUAGACAUAUUUUACUCAUCAACUAUUACACCCAAUACACUGGCUAACCUUGUCUCAGAGAAUAAAUCUAUCUCCCUUGCUGGCUGUGCAACACAGAUGUAUUUCUUCAUUGCACUGGCAAGUUCUGAGGCAACACUCCUUGCAGUCAUGGCCUAUGACAGAUAUGUGGCAAUAUGUAAACCAUUAUAUUAUUCACUUGUUAUAAACACAAAAACAUGUUUGCAGUUACUUUGCAUAACAUAUACUACAGGGUGUAUCAAUUCCCUUAUACAUACAUGUUCUGCAUUUAGGUUAUCAUUUUGUUCUUUAAAUCAUAUUAAUCAUUUCUAUUGUGACAUCAAUCCCAUCUUAGCACUGUCAUGCACUGACACAUAUAUUAAUGAACUUUUUCUUUUUAUCUUUGCUGGUUCAGUUGAAGUAGGAACUCUACUGUCUGUAUUGGUAUCAUAUGUCUUCAUUCUGUUUGCCUUAUGUAGAAUAACUUCACCUGAAGGUCGACACAAAUCUUUUUCCACCUGUGUCUCUCAUUUCACUUGUGUAGCUCUGUUCUAUUGCCCUGUUCUCUUUAUGUACUUAAGACCUACCUCUUCAUAUUCAUUAAAUCAGGAUUGGGUGUUGUCUGUGUUCUACACAAUAAUCAUUCCAAUGUUGAAUCCCAUCAUUUAUAAUCUACGAAAUCAAGAUGUAAAGAAGGCACUACAGAAGCUAAAAUAUCUGUAUUCAUAA